GCGUGCUUUGAAGGUAACCCAUUUAAGACAAUUCCUGGUCCUUUCAAGCUCUUCUGGCAAUGCAUGCGCUCAAAACCUGGCGAAGAACCAACGGAACCAUUCUACUAUUUGCAAUUGGACCCACCAACAAGAGAAGUGAAGCUUGAGUGAUGCUCAUCUCCAAAUGCCACAUAUCUACUUUUAGGUUGGACCCUUAUGCCCUCAUAAUUUCAAGUUUUGUUAUCGUUGCCUGAUACGCUAAUAUGGCAUAUAUUUCGGCUUUCAAGUUCAAAAUAAUAUGAUUUUUCACGUUGUGGUGGAAAAGCUUGUUCUGAGUAAACUAGUCGAUUGAUGACACUUUUAAUUCUUCCUUUGAUAAGCAGCACUUGUGACCAUUCAAAUUC